AUGCCAGACCCUACCCAAGCGCCUACGAAGUCGAAAUCGGCAGCACCUGCCCAGCCCACCCCGAGGAAAGUCAGGUUUAACGUCGGCACCCAAUACCAAGUUCUCGAUGUCGUUGGUGAAGGCGCCUAUGGGAUUGUGUGCUCUGCCGUGCAUCGACCAAGUGGUCGCAAGGUCGCUAUCAAGAAGAUCGCCCCUUUUGACCAUUCAAUGUUCUGCCUGCGGACCCUCCGGGAGCUCAAGCUCCUCAAGUUCUUGAGUGAGGCGGGUGUUAGCGAGAAUAUCAUUUCAAUUUUGGACAUCAUCAAACCAGCCUCAAUAGAUGCGUUCAAGGAGGUCUACUUGAUCCAAGAGCUUAUGGAGACUGACAUGCAUCGGGUUAUUCGAACACAAGAUCUUUCUGACGAUCACGCCCAAUAUUUCAUAUACCAGACUCUUCGUGCUUUGAAAGCACUCCAUUCUGCAGAUGUUAUCCAUCGUGACCUCAAACCCUCCAAUCUCCUCCUCAACGCGAAUUGCGACCUGAAGGUCUGCGAUUUUGGGCUUGCGCGGUCUGUUAAGACCGCUGAGCCAUCUGGCACGGAGACCGGGUUCAUGACCGAGUAUGUUGCGACCCGUUGGUAUCGUGCCCCCGAAAUUAUGUUGACGUUUAAGCAAUACACGAAGGCCAUUGAUGUAUGGUCGGUAGGUUGCAUUUUGGCAGAGAUGCUAUCUGGCAAGCCACUCUUUCCGGGCCGAGACUACCAUCAUCAAUUAACUCUCAUCCUCGACGUCCUGGGAACGCCCACACUUGAUGAGUUCUACGCCAUUACCACGCGGCGUUCGCGGGAUUAUAUCCGGGCACUCCCAUUCCGGAAACGUAAACCGUUUGCGCAGCUCUUUCCCAAUGCAAACCCUCUUGCGGUAGAUUUCUUGGCUAAAACCUUGACGUUCGAUCCCAAGAAGCGGAUUACUGUCGAGAAUGCUCUCGCGCAUCCCUAUCUGGAAUCCUACCAUGACCCGGAAGACGAACCCGUGGCACCGCCUUUGGACCCUGAGUUCUUUGAGUUUGAUUUGCACAAGGACGACAUCAGCCGAGAACAGCUGAAGGAACUCCUAUAUGAUGAGAUCAUGUCCUUCCAACCCGCGCCAAUUACAUAGUGGCUGCGCAUAUAACUUCUUUGUAUUCUAAUCGUUUGUAAACCUGCCUGUAUACCUCGAGAUCAACCGCAACCCUACAACUACACGCUUACCUGACAUCUAUUCUUGGACGACCGUGAUGUGGGAUGAAGAAGGCGGAGAAGGCAUCACAUAUCGCCUAUACAUGCCCCCUACUCACCCCACCUGGUCCAACUUUGGUUUUAGGUUUUUCUCUUACAAACUUGUACGGUGCAUCUGGGAAUGUGCUGUCGAUGCAAAGUACUUUUUUUUCCACUCCAUCUUCGGUCACCACGCAGCUGUAUUACCACCUUUUGCAUUUUGUGGAAAAUAGAUUCGAGCUGAUGAUUCAUUCAAAUGAGAUAUUUUUCGCGUGAUGGGUGCGAAAAAA